AUGAGUUUUAGUGAGUCUUCGGGGUCGUCUCAUAGGACUUUUUCUGUUGGACGGCAGCAUUCAAGUGACGACGACGAUGAUAAAAAAGUAGACUCAGGUCGGAAUGUUUUUCUUGACGACGGUGAAAAACCGUGUUCUUCUAGUCUUAGUGUCGGUACUGGUGAUGACGAAUUGGAACUGGAGGUGGGGCAGGUUCUGGUAGCUGAACCGUGCCCUUUGCCCAGAAAUGAUCUUGACGACGAGGAUGAGGAAUUCUUCCGGACCCUUCGAAGGACCACCUUCUCGGAUGAAGCUGUUGCUUCCAGCAAUGUGACGGAUAAAGAUUUGCUGGAGCAACAUGGAAUUCAAGAAUGUUUCAUCGAACUGAGACAAUGUGAUGAUCCCGGUUGGAUAUCAUCCGAGGAUGAGAAGAAGGAGGAGGAAACGGUCGAAAUAUCUGGGAACGUAAAAAACAACAAAAGGCUGAAUCAGCAAGAAAAGAAGCAGUCUCCUGCAUAUAGGACUAAAAGUGCCAAAAGUUAUGCUGCCUAUGAGCAAAGACAGAUCGAAGAAAAUGAAGAAGCGUUUAGGGAAAAACGAACAAGGAGGCUUUCUCUGUAUCGAGAGAAACAGAUUGAAGAGAAUGAGGAAGAAUUCAGGCAAAAGGUACGAUCAGCCAGUGCCAAGUACAUAAAGAAGCAGCUAGAACUUGAUCCUGAUUUUCUCAAAAACAGAUAUAAACAGAGGAAGGAACGACGAAAAACCCUAACUGGAGAAGAUUUGGCGGAGUUGCGACGAAAAGCAAUCCUCAGGAUUGAUCAGUCGACCCUGAACUUGUGGUUGGGACGUCCGGCCUACUCGCAGUUUGACAAUUCUCCGGUCAAUUUCAACAACUACUUGGCCACCCUCUCGACCGUGGAGCUGAUCGACUCCAAGUAUUCUGACCUCGUCUCGGAUGCCUUUCUCCAAAAAAAAUCGUAUUGUAACUACUGGGUCGGGGGAUUCAAGUGGGACGAUAUCGAGAAGCUGUCCCCAGCACAAAUCGAAGCCCACGUGAUCGCCCACAAGGACGACCCCGAUUUUCUCAUGAACCUGUACUGGGGAUACUACUCCAACGGCCAACGGUCCGCCGUCUACCACCCUCGCUCCCCCUCCUCCACCGUUUGGAAGAUGUUGGAAGAUGGCUGGCGCUGCUUUGAGUUGAAUAUCUUCAACUGCAAUAUUGCCAACUUCACCACUCUGUCUGGAGACACUUUGCGAGACGCCAUCAAGGAGUCCGACGCUUACGCCCAUCGAUUGGAAGGAUUCGGAAUAAAAUUGGGAAUGUUGCGAAAUGACGAACCCUUCGACGGGAUGAGGGUCCAAUUUAUGAACACUCGUAAGGAAACAGUGUCAGCGGAGGACGAAAAGGAUGCGCGCCGUCUUGCUCUAGCAAAGUUUAUUUACUUUGAUUUCGAAGGAGAAGAGGAACAAAAACUACCAGAAGAUUCUUUGCUCCAGCAAUUGCCUAAAUUCAAGCUGGGCAAAGAGAUCAAGAAGGCGACGCCACGACAAUAUUUUUUUUUUCUUUUUUUUACAACAAAUGGAACAAGUUUACAAUGCCUUUGUUUUACCGACUUCUCCAAGUGAAGUCAAAAUGGGUUUAAACUGACCGGAAUGAUGUUAGACUGGUAAUAAAAUAACCGUUUUGUUCCCACACAA